AGUCUCUCGGUGAUUUUCAACAGCGGUAGAAGUUUCUUUCGUAAAGCUCCCUUCAUAAAUAAUAAACAGUUGGUCGUGAACCUCAUCAUCAUGAUAAGAUUUUUUAUAGGCGUAGCAUUGCUUAACAGUUGUGUCGUUUUGGGUCAGCGUGGUUCAUUUGCAGGGACCACAAAAAGACCGCUUUGUGUUGCUGUUGGCGAUUAUUGUUUCGAGAAUCGCGAUUGCUGCAGCAAGUUCUGUCUUGGACAAACACAAAGAUGCAUCGUUGGAACGACACCGGAAGUAAUCGAUCCAAAUUCAAGACCAGCAUCAACAACCAACCUUGAUAACCGCUUUGAUGACACUCAAAGAAUUUGUCAACAAUUGAAUGGCUUUUGUCAGAUAGGUCGGGAUUGUUGUUCUGGGAUUUGCUCUACAGCUACACAAAAGUGUUUAUAUAAUAAUGAAAUACCAAAUCGCGCACCGACAACAACAAAUGCAGUGAUUGGUUCAAGUGGACUUCAAGGUCAGCAUGGAAUUGAAUCGUCAGGUAUUAACGAUGACAGAACUUGCAGUCGAGUGAAUCAACAGUGUUCGAAAUCUAGAAAUUGCUGUGCUUUUCUCAGUUGCGAAAAGAGUGUUUGUCGUGAUGUAGCAGUUGUGGUUGAAGGGACUGAAACUUUUGGUUAUAAUCCAAACAACACACUCGAUAAUCGUUUUGGUGAAGAUGAAGCUGAAAUUACAAACACUCCGUCAAACACUCCAUGCGCUCAAAUUGGACAAAAAUGCUUUAAAGAAACUGAUUGCUGUACUGGCUUAAGAUGUCAUGGUUUCCUUCAUAAAUGUGUCACAUAAGUGCCGACAGCAUAAAUUCUGUAAAAGGUUCUUGAUACUUCAAUAAUCCUAGUGUCGUUAGUAAAUCUUGUUGGAAAUUUCUGUUCAUCCCUAGGAUAUUCAAGAUGUCUCAGCAUUACUUAUUUUUAUGUCACUAAGAAUUUUAGAUAUUUAAUUUCAAUUAAAUUCUUCACAUUUCUUACAAGGUUAAAAAAUUGUAAAUCAAAAGAAUAAAUUUAUUAAUUAAUUUCAAAGGG